AGAACAAUCAGUGGUUACAGGUGUUUUAUUCAGGAUGCCAUUUUCAACGGCAAUAUCUUAUUAGGCACAUUUGGGAUAUACGUCAGACACUGAUGAUAAUCAUAAUUCUAUUUUGCUUUUGAAGGAAUGACGUAUUAAAACUGUCUUUGGGGUUAUGAUUUACAUGCUGUGUUCUUAUUUGUUCACGUGAGCAUGUGGUCACUGUAAUGAACGGGCAGAAGGGCGUGUCUGUGUGGCAACAGUCUGCUCUUUCAUACCUUUUUUAUUUGUCAGAGUUUUUGUCUAGGUAUAAUCUAUGUUUUGUUAAUAAAUCAUAUUUCCCUGCAUCUACUCCUAUCCUCGUGAACAACUGUACUUUUGUCAAAGUUUGUCAGCGUCACAAGUUGUUUAAAGGUCAGAAGUAAUGGAAAAAGCCAAAUAUUCUAUGAAUGCAAAGUAUUUCCUACUCUUCAUCAUUGUCUGCCUCCUGAUUUCCCUUGCAUUUGAGAGGAUCCCCAAAACGUACAGGACGUUCAUGCCACCACAUAAAUCUAACGUCUGCUCCUCUCAGAUCUCUGACCAGACCAUCACCCCUUUAAACAACACAAAGCAUUUUAUGGUGUCGGCCUUCAUGGACCAGCGAGUGAAAGGCUUUGACAUACGCAUCAUCAGCAUCUUUAGGAGAGACUCCAUCCAGCCUCUGCACUGUCUGUUCUGCUGUGUAGACCAUUUGUCAGAUACAACUCCAGCCACUGUUUUAGUGCACUCAGACCACUUUGACUUUCCCUACGGCACCACAGAUGUCAUGUGUCAGAUUCCUCACAACUGCAGCGCUACACAUGUUACACUUGUGCCGGACACAGUGAGGCCCACAAACCCGACGUGGCUUCCAUUAAGAAACAAGAAGACUCAUGAGAAGAAUAAAAGGUUUGAGUUUAACUUCACCGUCUGCAUCUCCACCCUGUUUGGAGGCUACAACAAUGUGCUUCAGUUUGCGCAGACCCUCGAAAUUUACAGGCUGCUGGGUGUGGGCAGAGUGGUGGUCUACAACAACAGCGGCGGCCCAGAACUCAGCCGCCUGCUGCACAGCUACAGCCAGGAGGGUUUGGUGGAGCUGGUUCAGUGGCCCAUCCACAAUUAUCUGAAUCCGUCUCAUGGUUGGCAUGCCUCAGAAUUUACAGGGGACCUGCAAUACUACGGUCAGGUGACCACGCUCAAUGAGUGCAUCUACAGGUCCAUGGAGCGCUCACGCUACGUCCUGCUGAACGACAUCGAUGAGAUCAUCAUGCCGUACCAGCACGACAACCUGACGAGCCUGAUGGACACGCUCCAACCGCAGCAUCCCAAUACGGGGGUGUUCAUCAUUCAGGCUGUAAUCUAUUCCAAGAAAACCACAGAGGAAAGUAACAAAGGCUACGUGGACGCAUGGAGGCAUGUCCCAGGCUUUAACAUUCUGCAGCGCAUCUACUGGGAGGACCGUAAUAAAGACCAAUACCACCCACACAAGAUGUUAGUUCAGCCAAGCUUUGUGGAGCAGACGUCAAUUCAUCAAGUGGUUAAGGCAUUUGGAGAAAAUUACAAGAUUCCAGAGAAGAUGUGUCAUAUCAUCCAUAGUGUAACAAACCAUCCCAUUGAACGGCCGUUGGAGGAGCUGCACCUGGACAAACGACUGUGGGACUUUAAGGACAGAGUGAUACCACGAGUGACCGAGAUGCUGAGGAGAGCAGGUCUGCUGAGUUCAGAGGAGGAAGCUGAUGGGUGAAACAGGCAGAAUAAAUAUUUGAGAAAAGGGGAAAUUAUUUUCUAGAGUUUCAUUUAAAUGCUACCUCAGAAGAUUUCAAGUUGUGUAGAACAUCAUAAUUGGUUUGGGGCGAACAGGAACCUGGAGGAAAGACAUGUUGAAAUCAAAAUUAAACAGUUAAAAAUUCUACACAAAUUUCAAAGCUAAAUGCCAAUUAAGUAAAUUAAAAAUCUCAUAUUUUGAUCAAAAUUCUUUACAUUGUGACUGUGUGUCCAUGUGCCACCUAGUGAACAGUCCUGCAUGAGGUUUUGGGAUGUUUAUUACAAUAUGGAGCUGAAAGUCUGAGUCCUUUACACUGACACUCUGGUUGCAUGGUCUUGGAAUAGCACUAAAGUGAAGCAGGGUGAGUGUCACUGUUAUUGCCUGCAGUUGUCCAGUCUUUCAAGUUAUGUAAAUCAUUCAGGUUUUCAUUCAGGUUAAUGUGAGCUCUCGUUAAUCCUGUUCACCCUCAAGUAGCAGGUUACAGUUCCUCUGAUGUCCCAGUCAGUGUUUCUACCAGCCAUUUGCUUUGGUGUCAUCAUGAAUAUGUCUGUUGCAUCUUACGUGCUUUUACACUAACAUUAAACUUUAUUGCUUCCUUAUCUCUGGUUUCAAAUCCUCAAGAAAAGCGAUACUGUAGGUGUCUGCUACUGAAUGAGAAUUAAAACUACUGGUACAGAAGCAAUUAAGAUAAGUUCCCACAAACAAUUGUUAUUCUUUUGAAUGUGAAUAAAUGUGAAUGUUCAAUUUUUCACCCCAGGAUUUAGCAAAAUAUCCCCAGACCAUCACACUUCCUCCCCCAUGUUGUUGGCCAAGAAGCGAGAAACCAGCUCUGCACUGUUAUGAGUGACUUAUACACAGCUCAGGCUGUAGUAGCUGCUCCCACAGUAGUAGCACAACUACACGUACCAGGAUGUCAUUGAGACAGACAAACACAAGAGUAUUGGCUUUCAAACUGUUAAAAUUUAAUUAAUUUUUAAUUUAAAAAAUAAUAAUAAUUAUCCCAGUUGCACAUUGCCAGACAGGUAAUGACUUAAUGAUUCACAGUGGUGUUGAAAUAAUAGCGAAGCCUAUUUGUAGUAUCUGUGUCCUGUAGUAUUAUUCUGUCCUGGUGGACAUUCACAUCAUUGUAAUCAUUGUCUUGCGGACCUAUUAUUGUACGUCACUCUUGAUAACUAUUUGACAUUUUUUGUGACCCAUACAGUACUUUUAAAUUGUGCCCUAAUGAGCUACGAGGUAAACAUGGACUUUCGAUGGACACGUAGACACUCACUAGUUGCAUACACAUGGAGCUUUAAAAAGUGGGCAUUGGGAGAUGCGUUUUUAGAGUGCUUCGCAGAGAGUCUGCUGUAGACACCCAGGUGACCUUUUUUGACCUCUCAGUUUGUUCUGCAGACGAACCACCAGGUGAAUUUGGCCACCACCUCUCUCAUGAUUAUUCUGUCAUUGUACGAUUUCAUUAUAUGUAAUAAAUUCAUGUGUUGAUUUGAGCAUAAAA